UGCGUGGACUGCGAGCUCGCUCAUUUCCUUGCACCUGCCGGGCACCGGCGCUGCCUUCGUCAAGGCCGCGGGCGGCGGGCCUCUUUCUUGUUUCUUCCCGUCCGGUCCAAACCUCCUCCUCCUCCCCUCUCAUCUCUCACCUCGCGGGCCGCCGCUUCCUUCCCUCACUUGCUCUCCAGUCUCCAUCCUCAUCCCUGCUUCAAUCGACAUCUUCUUCUUCUUCCUUUCUCCAUGGGAACCCACACCAUUUGAGACAGCUCCUCACUUCCUCUCCCCCCCCACGAAAUCCUCUCUUUUCUCCACACCACACUUGUUCGUCAUCUUUCGUCUUCACGGUCAAUUCCCCAACCAAUUCCAAUCCCAACCGGGCACACUACAGCGACGCGUCUGCCAAUUUCUCUUCCAACAAAUCCGUCCGUCCGCGUGCCUCCCUCCUCCGCCUCAAAGUUCUACCGGCAGGCGCUGCAGUGCACGCCCCGCCCGGCCGCCGGCCUCGUCGUCGAAUGGGGUGCUUCACGUUCAGGAGCGGCGGCGGGUCCAAAUCCCAGCACCCGCGGUCCGGCGCCCGGACGCCGGCGGCCAAGUCGGCCCCGGCGUCGUCGUCGUCCUCCUCUCCCUCCUCUUCCGGCGGCGUGCACAGCAAGACCAAGGCGUCGGCGGCGUCCACGCCCACGCGGACCAUCCAGGAGCUGUCGGAGGAGCGGGGCGCGCAGCGGCUCCGGGUGUUCGACCUCGACGAGCUCGGCAGCGCCACCAACGGCUUCAGCCGCGCGCUCAAGCUCGGCGAGGGCGGCUUCGGCUCCGUCUACCGCGCCUUCUUCCGCUCCGCCUCCGGCGCCCGCGUCGUGCUCGCCGUCAAGCGCCUCAACCAGCGCAGCCUCCAGGGGCACAAGCAAUGGCUUGCUGAAGUCCAAUUCCUUGGUGUUCUUGAGCACCCGAAUCUCGUAAAGCUGAUCGGCUAUUGCGCAGUGGAUUCAGAAGCAAGCAAGCACAGGCUGCUGGUCUACGAGUUCAUGCCCAACAAGAGUUUGGAUGACCACCUGUUCAACCGAGCACAUCCUCCCCUUUCAUGGAGACAGAGGCUGCAGAUCAUGAUCGGUGCUGCACGGGGUCUGGAUUACCUCCAUGAAGGAGUGCCUGAAGUUCAGGUGAUCUACAGGGAUUUCAAAGCGUCCAACAUCCUUCUAGACGCCGAAUUCAAGCCAAAACUGUCGGAUUUUGGCCUGGCAAGGGAGGGUCCAACCGAAGGGAAAACACACGUCUCCACCGCGGUGGUGGGAACGCACGGGUACGCGGCGCCAGACUACAUCGAGACAGGGCACUUGACGGCAAAGAGCGACGUGUGGAGCUUCGGCGUGGUGCUGUACGAGAUCCUGACGGGGCGGCGGUCGCUGGAGCGCAGCCGCCCCGCGGAGGAGCAGAAGCUGCUGGGGUGGGUGCGGCAGCACCCGCCGGACAGUGCUGGGUUCCGGGCCAUCAUGGACCCGCGGCUGGGCGGCCGGUACCCGCUGGCUGCCGCGCGCGAGGUGGCCAGACUCGCUGACCGCUGCCUUGGCAAGAACCCCAAGGAGCGGCCGUCGAUGAGGGACGUCGUCGAGGAGCUCGAACGGGUGCUGCAGAUGGAGCCGCCACCGCCGCUGGCCGCUGACAAAAAGAAAGGAGGCGACGGCAGACUGCCGACGAAGAGGUGACAGUGGCGGCGGGAGUGUUGCCGGAAUACACUCCGGCGUCCCGUUCUGGCCCUCCUCCGGCUGUCUUCCAAAUUCCGAAGUUUGUGUGUAUAGGAGGUAUAUACAGCAGGAGAAAAGAACAAUUCUCUGAACAGGCUAUACUACAUGUGAAGAUCGAUUGUGAAUUUGUGAUUUCAAUACGCAAAUGAAAAUUCAGCAAGAAUUCUCAUACCCAA